UUAAUUAUUCAAAAAAUGACGUAACUCUCAAUCAGCGAUUGCGGUCAUAAAGUUGGGAGAAGACAAAAGAGCUCACAGAUCGCUUUGAGCGCGAAGACAGAGUGACUUUCUCAGAAUGGCGACAGUCGCGCGUAUCGCGGUAUUCCUGUGUUUAAUCGUCUUGCUCCAGGUGAUUGGCCCUGCCCACUUUGCCACAAUUUCAAACAUCAACAAACGAGACAUCAGUGAAGAUGACGAUGAGGACAUUGAUGACAAUGAGGGAUCUGCGAGUGAGCAGAAAGAUUUUGCACUGGAGCCACAAAGACCAGUCAUUCAAGGCCAGUCAAAGCGGGGAAUUGGUUUUUUUAAGUUUGCGUCCAAGCUUUUCGGUGGAAUGGCGAAGGCCGGGAAAGCUUUGAACAUUAUCACUUCCGGGGCAUCGUUGUUUCAGGCAGUGUUUCAUGCCAUUAGCAAAUGCUGUCACACAAAGGCUUGCGACUACAGAAACGAGUUUUUGACCCUGAAGACGCAAGUGGAAGCGCUUACCAACCAAACCGACACAAUGGCUUUAAGGGUCGAGAACUCUCAAAUCUAUAUUAGAAAAAGCCUUGACAUAUUCGGCGAUUCCAUCGACACAAUCAACAGAAUUGGAGAGGCGCAACUUGAGUUCUUGGAGAGUUUAUCACCGGGAGUCAGGACUGCACUUAACACUGCAGGAAAGGAGGCGCAGAAAUAUAUUGACAGAAUGAAGGCUGCUCAAGGAGAAGUCAAGUACCUGGAGGUUGCCAAGUACUACAGUUCAGCCAUGGACACCGCAGUGAGCAUCGGAGUACCUUUGAUUUCUACCCUUAUGCCCGCUGCAGACGCUUUGACCGGUUACUCCAAGAAGAAAACAACAGCAGUCAAAACGAACAAGCUUCAAAGACAGAACGCAAUAAAAUUAAAAUCACCCAAAACACCAGCAGAUCUUCCAGAGUUUAAGAAAAGCCAAAGAAUCGGUUCAGUUAAGGCUCAACUGACAAAAGCCAACACCAUGAAAAAAACAAGGAUGCAGAAAGCCAAGAGGUUCGCUGGUCGGGUAGGAAAGGGAUUCGCCGUAGCUUUUGACUUCUUAACAGCAGGUUUCAACAUCUACACGAUGAUCAAGGCAGAACAGCAAUGUAUAGAUAUGGAGACACAAGCCUUAAAAGCACUCAAUAAGAUGCGAGAGACCAAGGCGCUUUUUGAUGAGGGUGUAAAGAACCUGACGAUAGCCGAGGAAGACAUCGCAAAGGCAUACAACGAACUGUACACCGGUAUGACCGACGAAACGUUCACUACGAAUGUUCAGGAGAUCCGAGAUAUGUUGAUUCACGUCGCUUCCAAGUCAAAUGAGAACGUAGAACUAGUUUCCGUAGCAGGAAAACUCCAAACGUUUAUGACUGAAGUUAAGAACUCAGAGGCGUCCAGAAAUUUGGGGGAACAAGAAACGUACAAGCUCAUCAACGACAACCUUUUGGUUCCUCUAAACGACGUCCCGUUCUCAUUGACCUGUUACAUAUCAAAGAACAAUGCAAUCAAUGAUGUGCUAGACGGGUGCCAGGAUGGGGUAAAGUCCCUGGAUGAGCUCCUUGAAAAGAAUUUUGGCACAUCUGGUUUAUUAAGCGAGAAGGAAGCUAAGUGUAACCAGAACAUCGGGGAAUACAUCAACCGGGGUCAGGUUAGGGAAUUAUGGGCAGCAAAGGCCAAGGCAAAAGACUUAAAUGAAAUUUGUAAGCUGAACAACAAGAAUUACUUAAGCAAUGUCUGCCUGAAGAAAAACAAUGGCCAAAUAGCGAAGCAGAUUGCAGAAGACGGUGUUGAUCCGGAUGCGAUUCAGAAGAUUAUGGACAAGUGUCCAGCGCCUGAGAUGAGUCCAAAUGACAAAAAAACUAUCUGCGAGAUAAAAAUGAUCGGUCAGCCAGUGGAAAAGGUGGCAUCGAUGUCUAUAUUUCAGGCUUAUCCACUGAGCGCUGUCACAGAAGUUUACAAUAAUUGCCCAGUAAAACGUAAAGAUAAAAAACACAAAAGUCAUGGCGAAUAAUGAAGCAGGAAUUAAUUUUGUGAUUUUUGUGGGAAAUAUGAUAGUUUCGCAUUGAAUGUUUUCCACCGUUUCUUAUCAUUUUCUUUGACAUCCAAAAUAAACGCAAUUGAAGCAUCUGCA